AGGCGCCCUCGCCGGCGCCGCCCAGCGCGGCGGCCGCGCCCGGCGCCGAGCCGCGCGGGGACCUCCCGGAGCUGCUCCGCGGGCGGCCCCUGCCGGAGGGCCUGCUGGGCCCCGCCCGGGAGCGGCUGGAGGGCGGGUUGCGGAGCUGCGUCGAGGGCCUCUACAGUGACCGCGUGCGCCCGGAGUUGCCCGAGGUGCAGCGUCGGCUCCGGGGGUGCGGUUGGAGUGCCCGCGAGGUCGGUGCCGCGCUGGCGCUGGCUGCCCGCGACCCGGGCCUCUACCGCGUCGAGCCCCCGAGCGGCGGCGGGCCCCCGCAGGUCCUGCUGCGCGCCCCGCCCGCGUGGUUCGCGGGCUGGGUGGACCCCGACGCCCGCGGGGAGCUGCCCCCCGGCGUGGCCCAGGCGCUGUGCGACCUGGCCGCGCUCUCUGAGGGCUUCUUCAAGGGGGGCAGGCGCGAGCUGGCGUCGGCGAUGCAGAGGCGCGGGUCCGAGUGUCUGCAGAGCCGGAGCCUGGGGGAGCUGACGCACCUGGCCGCGCUCGCCCUGGGGUCCACAGGCCCGCUGCGCUACGCCCCGCAGCACGGCGGGCGCAUCCAGCGGCGGCCCGGCGGCGCCCCGCGCGGGCGCGGCGCCGCCCUGGAGCCCCGCGUGCCCGCGGCGGCCCCGCUCCGCGCCGCUGCCGGGGCCGGCGCGGCGCCGGCGCCCGGGGGCGGCGGUGACGCUGCCUGUGGGAUUGAGGUUGCGGCCGCGCAUGCGCACUCGGUUGGUGAGGUCUCCCCACACGAGCUUCAGCUGUACAGCCAUCUGUACAUGGCCUCCGAGGGCACUGCUGCAUCCCUGCAGGGCUUUGAGAGCGUGGGCCAAUUCGAGGACAGCUGGAUGACCAUCCCUUGCGAUCCCUAUGACAGCGUCUACUCUCUCGCAGCGGUGAUGUUCCAGCCUUGGGCGGCAGCUCCUCUCGAGUGUGUGGCUCAUGCAACAGAUCAUCAGCACGGCCUCCCAAGCUUUAUGGGCGACGUCAUGGGGUAUUCAUAUGUUAUUGGCGAUGAUUUGAAGGUGGGUUGAUCAUGUGCAAUGCACAGUCUUUCGCUGGUAAUUGAACACGUCGAUGUGAUUACAUGGCUAGGUUUGUCCUAAGUAACGUGCAGCCCCAGCCACAGUUCCCCUAUUCGCCAUUACGCAGUCAAUGUGUAUCGGGUUCUAAUGGGCAGAAUCCUCAUGUUGCUGCGCUGAUUUGAGGCAGCAGUCCAGACGGACUCCUACACAGAUGUUGCCUGUAAUGCAUGCGCUGGGUCCAAUACCUCACGUGCAAGUCCACGUGAGGGCCAUAAUUCGGCGCCGCUCCAGCAGCUGUUGCAAGGUUGCUGCGGAGUGGCCGCGCUGGAAUGCUCCUCGACGUCCUGUAGGCAGCCGUUGUGUGCUUCUCGCGGCAGGCGGGGCACACAUUGCAGUGGCGAGAGCAAUGCAAUCUCCGAGGGACGACAAUGGCACGAUAUAUUCAUACAAGCUCUUCGCACGUUCUGGAAGAGAUGGAGCACGGCUGCCGGGCCCAGCCGCGGGCAGGUCCACGACGACCUGCUUCCUCCUCCCCCAUCCCUCCACUCCUCUUCUUGUGCCGGCCGGCCGGCCAGCCGGCCGUGCAACGCAAGUGGCAUGGGUCGGUAAGCUGUUUCUCCACGUGCGCUCAGGAACGGCCCGGCGCAUCUUCGACUCCAAGAGUCCGUGACAUCAGCCAUGGCCCAUGGCUAAAAAAUUGAUCGCUUCGCUAGCUUCGCUCUCCUCCUCCGCCUCCUCCUCC